AUGAAGAAAAAGAAAGAAGAGGAAAGAAGAAGGGGAAGAAGGAAGAAUAAAGAAAAAAGGGAAGAAGAGGAAGAAGAGGAAGAAGGGGAAGAAGGAGAAGAAGAGGAAGAAGGGGAAGAAGGGAAGAAGAGGAAGAAGAGGAAGAAGGGGAAGAAGGAGAAGAAGAGGAAGAAGGGGAGGAACAGGAAGAAGAGGAAGAAGGGGAAGAAGAGGAAUAAGGGGAAGAACAGGAAGAAGAGGAAGAAGGGGAAGAAGAGGAAGAAGAGGAGGAAGGGGAAGAAGGGGAAGAAGGGGAAGAAGAUGAAGUAA